AUGGAGUUUAAAAAAGAGAGAGUUGAAAGCAACAUGAUGAAAGCUGAUGUUGAAGAUAUAAAUGGGUUUUUUUCUGUUCUUAUUCAUUCAGAAAAUAAAGGACGGUAUGUAGUCAAAGUACGCACAGCUGAAAUUGCACCAGAAAUGCACGCAGAGAAGUUUUUGAAAUUAUAUGGAAGAAACAAAAGUGGUGAAAUCAACCUUUUUAAAUGUACUGGAGGAAAGCUGAAUUAUGUCAUGGAAUUUCGUGAUGAAGGAAAAGAUUCUGCAAGUGAUGGAAAAGGUGAUGCAAUUAAAGAAGAUAGAGAAGUUGAAAAAGCUAAUGCUGUUGGAACAGCUGUUGAAGAAACUAGUGCUGUAAAACAAAAUUUAAAGAGCAAAUUUGCUUUGAAGCCCAAGAAAGUACAGCAUGAAAAUAAUAUUGUUGAAGUUGAGAGCUAUGUUUUCUCAAAAACCCCACAAGACAUUUUAAAUAUUGGAAGUUACGGAAAUCUAACGUUGACACUGGAUGACUAUUGUGGACUAGGAUACAAGACUUGGGUGUCAAACCGAAUAGUUGAUUUUGCAAUUUCUUCUUACAUGGCAUUUACCGACAUCUCAGAUGAGUGCCGUGAAAGCAUCUUUAUAGCAAACAACGAAUUUGUCAUCAUAAAUUACCUCGACUCAUUGUAUAAUUAUAUUGAGCCUAAAAUUAUGGCUGUUAUUGAAAGCUUUUUCCGGCGUGAAUACGCAUUGUGCAGCAAUGAAGAGAUGGUCGGUAAGAAUCCACUAGGAUUCAGAAUAUUCAGACCGAAUGUACCGAAGCAAAUUCCAGAUGAUUGUGCCAUAUAUGUAAUCCGCUUUGUCCAGAUGAUUGUUAAGCAUAAGAAGAUCUUAGCAUUUACACCAGAGGAAGCAUUAAAAUUAAGAGAGGAUAUUGCAACUUUAAUUCAAGAAGAAGUUGUAACUGACAAAUCUUUGCUGUUGCCGAAAUUAAAUUUUAGUAAGCCAUCAUCAGCCUUAUUAAUUUAA